AUGAAUAUGCGGCUUGGGAGAACAAGGGCAGAUCCGGCCCGGAUAACGUCUGAUCUCCGUCCGAAGACCUUUUUAGCUGAGCCAAACCAUUUGGAGGCAAUGGCUGUAAGCGACGGACCAGUUCAUAGCUCAACUUCGAACCUAUCAUCAAACUCACCAGACUUCUCUAAUGAGCAAACCCUGUCUGUUGCUCCCGCUGAGAAUACGGAUCCCAGUCAUUUAGUCCCACUGACAACAACGGAAGACUUUUCCCAGCAUUCCAGAGAGCCGCAAGCUAGAGUCCAGCGCUUAUUCAUACCUGGAAGGAUACCAAAGAAAUAUGCAGCACCAAAAAGAAUUCGGAUGACUGAAGACACACUUGCCCUGCUUAGACCAGGCAAUGCAACUUGCUGGGACCUCUGGAGGAGCAAGCAAGGAAUCAAGGAAAGUAUGGCUGGUGUUAGCAUGGAAAAGUUCCUUCGAUUCAUAAAUCAUAGCCCCACAUCCCGUCAACUCAAUCAAGUUCCGGAAGUAGCGUCAGAGCGGUACAUCCCCCGCAAUUACCAAAACACAAGACAAGUGGUGGAAGGUUUCCAUAGCCGCCGCAUGCAAACUACGACCGCCUUAGCCCAGGAUCCAGCACAUCAAUUAGGGUCUUCUCCACAGCGAAUUAACGUCCACGAGACCAGCAGAUACACUCUCAAUCAUUCAGCUCCAAUUACCACAGUCAGGCAGCAAUCCUCUGAACAAGGGAACAUUGUCGAAGUGACUGGGCAACGCACAAAACGCACAUGGACUCCCGCUACACCUGGCGAGUUGUCUAUCCAAUCCAAGACCUCGGCAGCAUCAACGUCUCGAUUGGAUGUUGGCGGACUACAACGUUCAGAGGAAGGACAGUCUCUUUCUUCGAUUAAUAAUGAGGAACAAAUUCAACAAGACCAAGAUGGAGGACCGAAACCACGGAAGCGAAAGAAGACGGUGCCAGUACUCAAAAACGUGCCGAAACCUUGGUUAAAUUGCUUUUCAGUUGAUUCGCCAACUGCGAACCAUUCUCAAAGCGAAUCUGGUUCAGGUGAUACACCGAUAAUGGGACACGAGCGUCAAUCGGAAAUACCAUCACACAGAACCGGAGCUGUACUCUACCAUCAAUAUCAACUUGGGGGUAUGAAUCAACCACCCGCUGGUGUGGGAAGAUCGCCUGGUGCUCAAGAAAAAAUGCAUCAGCUCCAGCACGUUGCACCAGUUUCUGCUCACUUAGAAAAUUCAGUUCCUAGAGUCGAUGCAUCAACCGGUACAACCAACAGAUCAUUACCACCACUUUUAUCUCAGCUUACAAUGGCCAAGAUAGCUAAGCGAACUUUUGUGGAAGAGCUUCACCGAGAUCAAGAUUACAGCGGUCACGUCUCAAACGCUGAAACUAGCGACGAAACCUCUCAAACAGACACACAAGACGACAGCAUAUCAGUCCCACUAUUUCACGGCGAACAAGAUUUAAACUCGAAUGGACUCAUAUCUCAAGGCCAGAACACUCUCUCACACGAACCUAACGUUAUUUCUGCUCAAUCUGGGUCCUAUCACACCGUACCGCAAGAAGAAUUUCACGACGACUUCUCCCAAGAAGAAGUCUUUCAUGAACCCUCAGCUACUUAUGUACCAUCUUUCCUCCGACCGCUACAUAGGCUAUCUGAUCACGAUUUUCCUAUGGAGGAUGUCAGGGAAUGCUGGAAACUAAAAGACCAGGGUGAAAAAUAA